ACGGCGUUUGAUGCAUUCAGCUUGGCCCUGAUGUCGGGUAAUGAACAUGAUGCAUUACCAAUCGUCAUGCUUGGAAAGUCCGGGGUACUUCAGUCUCUCAGCUGAUUUCUCGUCUAUCAUAAAUGGGACCAUCCUCUUUUUCACAUCUUGUUCAAAUCUCACGAGGUGACUGACUGCAACAUGGCAUUCGGGAAUUUGCGUGUGUACGUGCUGGCCACGGUGGCAUACACUGGCUCCUUUUUAUUCGGCUAUGAUACUGGUGUGAUGGGUAGUGUCUUGGAGCUGCAGAGCUUCAAGAGUGAUUUCGGUCUUUCCGCCUCAGGAGGCUUUUCAAGCAGCGAGAGUGCGCAGGUCUCGUCCAAUGUCGUGUCCCUUCUGACGGCCGGAUGUUUCUUCGGUGCCAUUCUGGGUGCCUUCGUCAACGAAAAAUACGGUCGUCGAUACUCCAUCAUGGGCUUCAACAUGAUCUUCCUCAUCGGUGCCGCCGUGCAAAGCGCUGCAAACGGCUCGCUCUCCUAUAUCUACGGCGGGCGUGUGAUUGCAGGAUUCGGAAUUGGUGGCAUGUCCUCCAUCACUCCCGUCUUCGUGUCUGAGAACUGCCCUCCGAAAAUCCGUGGUCGUAUCGCCGGUCUGUUCCAGGAGUUCCUCGUCAUCGGUGUCACGGUGGCCUACUGGCUCUGCUACGGUGUUGGCGAGAACAUCGCCCCUACGACUAAACAAUGGCGGAUCCCUAUUGCCUUUCAGCUCGUGCCUGGCGGUCUCAUGUUUAUCGGGAUGUUCUUCCUGACCGAAUCCCCCCGUUGGCUCUCCAAAGAAAACCGCUAUGAAGAAGCCCUCAAGGCCCUGGCAUACAUGCGCAGCAAGCCCAUGGAUGACCCGGACGUCCAGGCUGAAUUCUCCGAAAUCAAAACAGCCGUCGAGCACGAGGUCGAAGAAACACAAGGCCUGACAUGGCGCGAGACCCUCCAAUCCGGCAACCGUCUACGCUUCAUCAACUGUUUCAUCAUGAUGUUUUGGCAACAGUUCUCCGGCACAAACAGUAUCGGAUACUACGCACCCCAGCUCUUCCAAACCGUUGGUGUCACGGGUGGCAACACUAGUCUGUUCACCACUGGUAUCUAUGGUGUGGUCAAGGUCGUCGCGACGGGUAUCUUCCUGAUCAUAGGUAUCGACAAGAUCGGCCGUCGCUGGUCCCUCAUCAUCGGCGGCUGGUGGAUGAGCGCCAUCAUGUUUGUUCUGGGCGCGGUGCUGGUCAGCAAGCCCCCGGACCCGGACAGCACGGGCGGGGGUAUUUCCUCUUCCUCUCUUGCCAUGGUCGUCAUGAUUUAUCUGUAUGUCAUUGGCUACUCCGCCUCCUGGGGUCCGAUUCCCUGGGUGUACGUAUCUGAGAUCUUUCCUACCCGUCUGCGUGCGUAUGGUGUCGGUCUGGGUUCUGCUACGCAGUGGCUAUUCAACUUCGUCAUUACCUACAUAACCCCCGCAGCUAUUUCCAACAUCGGCUGGCGCACAUUCCUCUUCGUCCGGGAGACCAAGGCCCGUUCUCUUGAGGAAAUGGACGUCCUCUUCGAACGGACAUUUGCGUUCGGGCAUCUCCGGGACAUCGAGCACCGGCCUGAAACAAAAUUGGACGAUUCGAAGGGCGAAGUUACCGAGCAUGCGGAGGACGUUGACCGCCGAUAGUCAAAUUUCUUUUUCAUUAGCAAUAGCGAGUACAGGUAUAGCAAUGAUACACCUAUUUCAAUAACCGGGUUUGUUCAUACU